AUGUGGACAUUAUAAAACAACUUCUGGGAGGUGGGGGAUUCCGUUGGAAAUGCCAUGGAUGUGAUAUUGAACGUAGUAGUUCAUAUUAUCGGGUGGUAGGUCAUUUGUGCGGAAUAAAAGGAAGAGGCAUCAAAAAAUGCCCUGGAAAAAAUGGUAAACCUAUACCGGAUGAGAUAGUGAUGAAAUAUAUUAGGGAGCAUGAGGCGGCAGAAGAGAGGGAAGCUCGUAGAUUGAACCAAACCGCAUCAAGGAAAACAAGGGGAAUGCAAGGCCCUUCUAAUCCCAGUAUUGUAGUAGAAGACCACCCCUUCUUUGCCACAAAUGAACCUCAAAGUGAACCACCCUUGACACGUAAAAGAACAAAGGGGCCUUUAGAAACCGGAUUCCAAAAUGAGAGUAGAGACAAUGCUGAUCAAGAUAUAGUAAGGUGCAUUUAUGCAAAUGGGCUGUCAUUCAAUGUUGUUCGCUCCCCAUAUUGGAAGCAAAUGAUAAAAAGUGUUAAUGAGGCACCAAGAGGGUAUAAGGGCCCCAGUUAUGAGAAGGUACGUGGAACAUUAUUGGAGAAAGAGGUGAAGAGGGUUGAAGAUGCAUUGAAACCCAUAAGGGAUUCAUGGGUUGAGACAGGUGUAACAAUUGUUUCAGAUGGGUGGAAAGAUGCUAAAAACCGUCCCUUGAUCAAUGUCAUAGCGGUGUCCCCUAAAGGGGCAAUGUUUUUGAGAGUUGUGGAUUGUGAGGGCCAAAUAAAAGAUGGCCAAUUUAUUGUAGAAAUUCUCAUCUUUGCCAUUGAGUCUGUGGGACCUCGCAAUGUUGUCCAAGUCAUAACGGACAAUGCAAAAAAUUGUAGAGCUGCUGGUUUGUUGGUUGAGCAAUGCUAUGUUCACAUCUUUUGGACACCUUGUGCGGUACAUUCACUCAAUCUUAUGCUACAAAGGAUUGGGCAAAAAAUAAAAUGGAUCAGAGAUGUGUAUGUAGAGGCUGAGGACAUCUAGAUGUUCAUCACAAACCACCACAUGUCUCAAGGGAUUUUUAGAACCUAUUCGAAUUUGGAGCUAUUGAAGGUUGCUGAGACCCGUUUUGCAUCAAACACAAUCGUCUUAAGACGACUUGUGAAAGUUAGAGUGGCACUAUGCAAUAUGGUGAUCAACACCAAUUGGACUGUAUGGAAGCAAAGUAGCACUGAGAGGGCAGAAAAAAUUAGGGAUAGAAUAUUGAAUGAGAAAUGGUGGGACCUUGUUACAUAUCUCCUAAGUAUCACUGAGCCCAUCAUGAGCAUGAUUCGCUAUAUAGACAUGGAUAGGCCUUGCAUAGGUGAGAUUUAUGAUGGCAUUGAUUCAAUGCUUGAAAAAAUAAAGGUCACUAUAAAUGAAAAAGAGAAUGAUCCUCAGGAGAAAUUCUUCAAAGAACUGGAAGUAAUUAUUGUAGAGAGGUGGAAUAAGAUGACCACUCCUUUGCACCUUCUUGCCUAUGCCUUGACACCUAAGUACUAUAGCAAUCAGUUUCUUGAUAAACCAGGAAGGAUUCCACCAUGGAGAGAUCUAGAAGUAUCUGAUGGGUAUAAGGCAGCAUUUCUUAGACUAUAUCUUGAUGAUGAUUUGCGAGAUGUUGUUACAAAUGAGUUCAUAGAAUUCGCAAAUGGGAAUGGUCUAAGUGUUGAUGCACUUCGUCAUAGAUCCAAGAAAGAUGCUCAUAGUUGGUGGUACUUCCAUGGCACAUGCUUCCAACACCUACAACCCCUCGCUAUAAAAGUUUUAUCGCAAGUUGCUAGUUCAUCUGCUUCUGAAAGAAAUUGGAGCACAUACUCUUUCAUCCACUCAGUAAAGCGCAAUAGGCUGCUAUCAAAAAGAGCGGAGAAUUUAGUAUAUGUGCAUUCCAACCUAUGUCUUCUUUCACACAAACAACAUGACUACACACAAGGGGAAACAAAGAUGUGGGAUAUAGAGCCAGAGCAUACUGAUUUGGAUGCUCUUGCUUCUUAGCUUCUUGCAUUGACACUUGAUGACUCGGAAAUUGAGCCAACUUAUAGUGCAAGUGCAAGUGGCAUUGGCUCAUGUAAUGUCAAUGUCAAUGUCAAUGAGG